AACUGUUUAUAGUCUGUUCUGUAUGUGAAGGGUUUCGUGAUUUUGUUGAUUUCCCAGUUUUAAUUUUUGAGUUUAUUUCCACAUUUGAACAACCAAUAUAAUGAAUAAUGCACCACAGUUUUCACUACGCUGGAAUAAUUACGUUAAUCAUGUCACGGAAGCAUUUAACGUGUUGCGUUUUGAGAACGACCUGGUUGAUGUCACAUUAUGUUGUGAUGGUGGCAAAAUAAAGGCCCACAAAAUGUUGUUAUCAGCUUGUAGCAGUUACUUUAAGCAGAUAUUUAAGGAGAACCCUUGCCAGCACCCUGUGAUCAUAUUUAGAAACUUUAAGUUUGAAGACCUGAAUGCGAUAAUCAAUUUCAUGUAUCAUGGUGAAGUGAAUAUAUUUCAAGAGCAGCUGGAGUCUUUUCUUAUCACUGCUGAGCUUUUAGAAGUUAAAGGUUUGACUGAUAAUGUGGAGGAUGAAUCAUCUAAAAAUCAGAUGAGAUUGAGUGAUAAUAUAUCUUUAGACUUAAGCUCAAAGUCAAGUAGAGUUCCUGAAGAUAUUGUGUCCGCACCUGUGCCUGUGUCUGAUGAACCUAUUAACCUUGCCACGAUACAGCCUGUAAGGGAAGAGUACAUUCCACAAGCAAGCAGUUUCAGUGUACCUGACCAUGAGAAUGGUACUGAACCUCAAUCUGAGAUGACAAAAGUAGACGAGAUCAUAAAUAAUAAAAACAAAAUGCCAACAAGUAGUGAAGAAAUGCAAGUGGAUAUGCAGUCCACAUCAGCUGAAGAUUUAUCAGAGAAAAAUAGCUCGGAAUCUGAACUGGCCAAAUUUCGCUGUCAACUAUGCCCCAAAGGUUUCAAACAUCCGACGUCCCUGACUCUUCACAAAGACUCUCAUGCUGGAAAGACCCAGUGCCCUGUCUGUCAUCGCUCAUUUUCCCGAUCAUAUGACAUGAGGAGUCAUUUACAAAGGAUCCAUCAGGGGAAACAGUUGACUAUCAAAGAGAUUAGAUAUAAGAAUUCCAGUGAUACAGUUGCACCCAAACCAUUUACGCAUCAUAUCUAGUUUAUAGUUGUAUGGUAACAUAUGUUACCAUAUAUGCACAUAGUGCAAAGUAGGUACCUAUUGAAAUUUAAAAGAUUGUUGUUAAUGAUAUAUUCUAGGAAUUAAUAAGAUUAUGAAGAUUAUUACUCUAUUUAUACUAUAUAACUUUAUAAAAGUCGCAAUUUGCUCAUUGCUGUAGCUUAGGCUAUUUUUAUACUAGUCUAAAUAAAUAAUCAUUUUAUUACACUUGUUUCUAUUAAA